AUGGGCAUGACACCUCUAAUUCUAGCUGCAUCGGCAGGCCGCGAAAAAGUUGUCAACAUUCUAAUCCGCGAAGGUGCGGCUGUUAAUGCAAAAAAUAACGAGGGGCAUUCGGCUUUGCAAUACGCGGCGUCGAAAAAUUGGCAUCCCAUCUGCGAAAAAUUAUUAGAGAACGACGUGGACAUCAACAUUGCCGACAAAUACGGUGCUACGCCGCUUCAUCGAGCCGCUUCCAAAGGAAACAUCGAGAUUGUCAAGCUCCUACUUACAAAGGGCCGAAAUUUGAAUAUCGAUCAACAGGACAGGUAUGGGAAUACAGCUCUACAUAUGGCGUGCGAGGAAGAUAGGGUUGAGGAAGCCAAACUGUUAGUGCAAAUGGGAGCAAGGCUUGAAAUACAAAAUAAAAAGGAGGAAACGCCUUUCGACUUUUGCAGUCGAGCCCUUGCCAAUCAGUUGAAAGAAAUUUCAAAUGAAAAUUAACGAUUUGAAACUGUUUUUUUUUUUUAUCACCACCAAUUAACACUGUGAUAAUUGAAAUGUGAAUUCUCGCAUUGAGAAUAUUGGGAUUUUUAAAAAUAAACAUGACACUUUUUUGUAAACUAAAUAUUUCUUAC